CCAACAUCAAUGUCGAGAAAGAGCUCUUCGUUUACGCCAAGGUGGCCAAGAUGUCAACAGGAUUUAAAGAAGUUGAUGUGACAAAUUUCUCCAACCAACAAGGGUGGCGUCGGUUUCCCGCUCAGGACGAUUUCUUCAGUGGUUUGACCGUCCAAGACGAUGAUCUGUUCAUCCACGACGACGAUGAGACCGAUUCAUCACAGCCACCCGGUAUUGCAGAAUGGCGAUCGAACCUAGUCGCCCUAUCUCAGAGAUACAACUUUUAUUUUGCCGCCUAUCGAGAUAAAAUUCAUGUUACGAUACCCCGCGGACUCAAGCAAACACUGCCCGGUACACCUGACCUCGUUCUACCCCUUCCUAGAUCCCAGAAAGCCAUUCGAGUCGGCGGGUUCAUCGACCCAGCGCGCCCACACUGUGUGAACAACAUGAUCAUUUCUGAUCUGGGGAGUCACGAGAUUCUCUUGAUGGCCUUCGAUGAUGGCGACGUUAUAGCAUAUUAUACGCAUGCUAUUGUUACCGCGAUUGAAUCACGGAAUGAUAUGGGAAGCGAGGUUGGCAUUAUCAAGCCGCUCUUCCAUGAGAACGUUGGGGCCAGCGCUUGGGGACUGGCUAUCCAUGAGCAAUCACGCCUCAUAGCCGCAAGCUCCAAUCUUCGCGAAGUGACCGUUUUCAUGCCUGCUUAUACUACCGAUGGUGACCCACGAGUUGAAGAGUUUCUCCAAGACAGUACAUUCCCGGAGUUUCCACACCUGCCCGAAUCGCCCUCAUACCGAAAAAUUAAUAGGAGAAGGGUCAUGAAACUGGGCAUUGAAGGCCACAAUGUCCCAAGCUUAAGCUUUGCUAGUGAUGUUGAUGGCGAAGCACGAUCAAUACUUGCGGCAGAUAUACUUGGAAAUCUCUGGAUCUUUGAUAUAUAUAGCGAUAAAAGGCAACGACUACCCGGUGUGCACCCGAGGAGCGCCAGAGGAGAUGUGCCAAUGGGCUGGGGAGUCCUUGUCUUGCCGCUGAAUGCUUUCAAGCAUACGUCGACCCCGCAUGAAGCACUCGGUGUACAUGAUCUGAAAAGUGCCAUGUCUGUUGUUGAAAUAGGGGGAGAAACAGAGCGAAUCUUCGACGUUACUUCUCAUAUCCGACUCCGGGACUCGUUCAACUAUGACCCUUCAGCACCUGCCGUCCGUCUUGGGCAACCUACUCCCAAUACAGCAAGCCCGUUGAUACCGGAAGAAGAUGAGCCUGGGAAUCUAACUGAGGGGGACGCUACUUCAGAGGAAACGGAUGCUGAACCUUCGGAGAUGGUAACGGACUCUUCAGAUGAAGAGGGUAGGGCGCUCAGCAUUUUGGAAUCAGAAGAAGAUGUUACAACGGUACUGGGACUGCUAAUGGAAGGGCCCAGCGAUCCCGAUGCGGAUUCUCCAGAGUCCUCAGUUAUGGAUCGCAGAGGGAGUGAUAUGGACUACUUUCAAUGCCUGGUAAACAUGAAUCCGGCCCUCGUACCAAUGCCUACAAACAAACAAACCCUCUUGGAUCUGUUGGAAAAAUACACCAAACUCGGAUCGGAAGAGUUCGAAGCAAUGACUCCCACGGCGGCCUCAGAAGAUGAGGACAUGUUUCUUCUCCCAGAUAAUUCAGCAAUCCUUCGAACCUACCAAUACGAUGCCGAAUUGAUCCCGCCCUCCAGGUCCAUGCCAAGGACAAUCUGCAAGAGACUAGUCAAACAGAGCGCAUCACCUGCGCCCUACGAAGUGCUACGGCCAUUCGAACGGCUCAACCUCCUUGCUGCGAUUCCACCGCUGUCUCUGGUAGUUGUAGCCUCCCAGGCCGGCAGGGCAGCGCUCCUCACCCUCACGCGGCCCGACGACCAAUUCUCAGUCAAUGGACCAGUGGUCACAUUCCGAGUCGAGCGUAUGCUCCCCAGCAACGAGCACCAGCACGCGGGCAUCCGCCCGCCCAUGCCACUGAUGGGAAUGGCCGUGUCGCCUGUGCAGACAGACGACAUGACUGGAGCGAAGGAGAGGCGUAACGCCAGACGGUGGAGGCUAAUUCUGCACUACCACGACCACACGGUGCUGAGCUACGAGCUGAGCAGGGACGAGCAGACGGAUGACCUCAUGGUUCUUUGAGUGAUUGAUUCAAAAUGAUGAUUGCAUUUUCACUGCGUCGGGGGAGCAUGGAAGGUAUGGGUUAUGUAUGGAUGGGAUUGGGCAUGGAGCAGGGCAUGAUACCAGAGGGUUCUGAUGGAUGGCGUUACGGAGGCGCUUUGAUUGAUGGGGUUCUGAGAGCGCCGGGACUCUUCACCCUAAAGUAAUAGCUCUGGAUCUUCAAGAGGACCCGGACCCUUCUUGAUUCAAGUGUGUUUUCAUCCACAGUUCCAUAGUAGUCGAGAUGUGUAGGUGCGUAGUGGAAAGCGUGGGAGGGAGCUGAACAUCUCAAAUUCCUUGAGUAUUUCGUCUCCUCCCCCCCAUUAUAGGAGAG